AUGGCCACCUCCUUCACGAUGGCGCGCGUGGGCAGCCUGCGCGGCCGGAGCGGGGCCGCGAUGCUGAAGCGGAGCAAGAUCGAAAUCCGCCGAACUAUCUGGGCUGUAUUGGGGGAGCGCCUCUCGCGGGUGCACUCCUCCUUCCAGCCCCUGCGGACCUCCGAGCCCGAGGACGAGGACGACUGCGAGCCCGGGGAGUGGGACGGCGCGGAGGACGAUAUCCUGAUCGAGCGCCCCCAGCCAGGGAACUCCCGCCGGGUGCGGCCGACGCUGCCGCGCACCCUAGGCAGACUCAGCCUGGGCGUCGUCCGCCACGGGAAGGUCGCCGGCCCCCUGGCGCUGGCGGUGGUCGGCGCGCUGGCGGUGUCGGUGCUUGCCGAGUACCGCCCCUGGGCCGCUCCGGCGGAUGGGCUCCACGCCGCGCGCGCCAGGACGCAGGACAGCGUGGAGGAGGACGGCAUGAUGCAGCAGACAGGCAUGCAGGACAAGCCUACCGUCGCCCCCGUGCAGCAGAUGCAGGGCGGCGUGUACUACCAGUCGGCCACGAGGGGGGCCGCCGUGGUCCAAACGUCCUCUGGCGCGGGCGUGCAGUCGGGCGGCUGCGGCUGCGGCUGCUGCAGCUGCGGCUGCGGUGGCGAGUCCUCCGUGGCCUUCUGCUCCUCGAUGACCUGCCCGACGGGCUACCUCCAGAGGGAGGGGGCCGAGCACAUCGAGUGCAGGGGCGACAGGUGCUCGCUGGAGGCCGACCUGUCCAUGUGCUGCAACAGGAGGUCCACGUGCGACGGCGACAGGGGCACGUACACCUGCAAGCCGGGCACGUCGCUGAGGGACAACGCGGCGCACAUCCUGUGCGGGUCCCACGCCUGUGGCCCGGAGGACAACGAGCUGUGCUGCGAGGCGCGGGCCACGUGCGGCGACUACGGCUGCGCGUCCGGGACGGCGCUCAAGACGAACGCGCAGAGCAUCGUGUGCGCUGGCGGGUCGUGCUCCGAGUCGGAUUGCUGCGAGAAGAUCCCUGCGAAGGAGGUGACGGUUGACGUCGAGAAGGAGGUGACGGUCGAGACGAAGAAGGAGGUGGUCGUCGACGAGAAGCCGGAGCAGGACAUCAUGCUCUGCGACCUCAAUUGCUACAAUGAGGGCGUGGACUCGGUGUCGGUCGAGCUGCCGGAGGACGACACGAAGGACCUGGACAGCUGCAGGGACGCUUGCGUCAAGAACGAGGAUUGCUCCGGCAUCGUGUACAAGAAGGACUUCCAGACGACGGGCGAGAGCACCUGCCACGGCAAGAAGGACAUCCACGUUGCCCUCUGCCAGCCGGGCGGUGACUUCUACACCGAGGUCCUCAAGCACCGCCCUUGGGGUAAGUGUGCUUUGCUGGGGGACCCGCACAUUGCGCAGUUUGACAGGCCGCCCCAGUUGGGAAAGCCGGUCUUCGACGAUUACGACGCGGGCGACUACGUUUUGUUGGCCUCGAAGGAGCUCACGAUCCAUGGCCGCUUCGGCUUCACGGAGCGCUUUCCGACGGCUACUUCCACCAAGGGUAUCGCCGUGUACGGCUCCAAAAUCUCCAACAAGGCGCUUGUGGCGAGCUACAGCGAGAAGAACAAGAGGUUCAUCGCCUGGUAUGACGGUAAGGAGAUUCUCAAGAAGAAAGGGGAGACGUUCGACGAUGGUUUGCUGGUUGCCAAGUACGACGACAUGGACCCCACCCAGUUUCAUUCUGAGGCUCGCCAUACGAUCGGCGAGCAUGCGGACAAGGUGGCCUCGUGGACCUUUGAGUGGAAGGACGUGCCCUUAAAGAUCUACAUGUUGCUAGGCCCAGACAAUGUGAACGCUGUGCUGGAGAUGCAGAAACUGGAGUACGCCAUGGACGGCCUGUGUGGGAACUUCAAUUGCGACCCCGACGACGAGGACCACAAGGCCCUGGCAGCCCGGUCCAUGAUCAGUGCCCUGACUUGGGGCGAGAGUAAUUUCGAGAAGGCAGACGGCACCUUCAGCGAGAAGGAGUUCAAGAAGGGCACCGUCGACGAAGAGGUGCUGACGAAAUGCGACCCAGACCUGCUGGCGAAAGGCCGGGAGGCCUGCGGCACGGGCAAGGGAGUGGACGACGCCCAGGCCAAGGCGUGCUUGGUUGACGUCUGCGAGGCCAAGUCCGUCGAUGUGGCCACGAUGGACGUAGAGACCGUGUCUAUCGAGCAGGAGGUGGAGGUGGACAUCGACAAGCACUGA